AUGUUACAUUCGUUUUUCUUCCUCCCUAUCAUUUCCUUCCUCGUCACCGUCUCUCCGGUCCAAGCGCAUUUGAGAGGUUCCACCCGAUUCACAGAGUUCUUCCCACUUCUCCGCCCCGAACUCACAAACAUCUCCGCAAACACCUGCGCAUCGUCCCUGAGCUUCUAUCUCGAGACCCAAGAUCGCCUAGCAUGCGACGCCCACAUCAAUUGCAUCCUGAGCAACAUGGUCCAGCUCGAUCAAAUCGACAUGACCAACGCCGGCAUCUUGCUAGGCCUCUUGCCAAUCUUCGUCGCGACCUUCGGUCCCACGAUUGCCGAAAUCGCGCUGCUGUCCUCUCGUCGUCCCUUGCUGAGCUUCCUCUUGAGUGUGGGCGUUCCGGCAAUCUUCAUCAUCCGGCCAAUGGCCUAUGCGGAUCCGCUGGAGCUGUUGACGCCUAUCAGGGGGGAAUUUACGAUCCCGCGCUUCACUAGCAAGCGGCUUGCCCUCCUGCUUAGCGGGGCGGAGUAUCUGAUCGUUUCUCUUGCGAUUGUGAAUAUUCUCUGGGUCUCAUACGAGCUCCAACUUCGGACCGUGUUGGCUUGGAAAUGCCUUCCUUUUAUGCCUGUCGUAUGGGCGCUUCUGCCCUGUAUCAUUCAUCUACUUGCCGCAUGGACGUUCAAUCACUCGGGGGUCAUGCGGCGCGUCAAGUUGGAGCAUCAGACAGAUAGCUUGGGACGGCGCGACUCGUUAGCGACUCGAUUCCUUACGUGGACGCGAACAGAGUUCAUCCUUUGCGCCAACCAGGAAGACGAGACGCUGCAAGAUACGCCACCGGAGGUCUUGACCGUGACGUUGAACUGGCUCGCUACGGUGAUGGGCUCUAUACACGUCAUCUUCGGCAUCGUGGUAUUUGCAGGACUUUUAUUCAUCAGCCUCCUAGACGCCUCUAUCGUAGCCGUUCGAUACACGGUCUCCAUCCUCGUUUGCAGACUCGUUCUGAAAUUCGAAAUCUCCGGCGCGAGGGGCACGACGAAGUUGGAAAAGAGAGAAGAUGUGUUUCCGGGGUUGGAAUUGCAGCGGAGGAAACCAUGGGCGGGGACUACGACGUCGUUCGAUAGCCAGAAGAUGCCGAUCGCGCGCAUGUAUGCCGCCAGAAGGGUUGACAGCGAUGAGGCUAGUCAGAAGAUGCCGAUUGCGAGGGUCUAUGCGGCGAGGAGGGUUGAUAGUGACGAGACUUAUUGGUCUCCGUAG